AUGUCGGGCGCUGGCAAUCGAGAGGCGGUGUUUCCGACGCGAAUGACGCUUGCUCUGAUGAAGGGCAAGCUGAAAGGCGCCACACAAGGACACAAUCUUCUGAAGCGCAAAUCUGAGGCGCUCACCAAGCGCUUUAGAGACAUUACUCGCCGAAUUGACGAGGCCAAGCGGAAAAUGGGGAAGGUCAUGCAGACGGCAGCGUUCUCAUUAGCAGAAGUCACCUACGCUACAGGCGAUAACAUUGCAUUCCAAGUCCAGGAAAGCGUAAAGAGUGCACGGUUCCGUGUGCAGGCUCGUCAAGAGAACGUCAGCGGCGUCCUGUUGCCGUCUUUCGAUGUGCGCCAUAUGGAGCAUAUUGACGACUUCAAAAUGACUGGCCUGGGCAGAGGCGGUCAGCAGGUUGCCAAAGCCAAGGAGGUUUACUCAAAGGCCGUCGAGGCCUUGGUGGAACUUGCGUCCCUACAGACGGCGUUUGUUAUUCUUGACGAGGUUAUCAAGGUCACGAAUCGACGAGUGAAUGCUAUUGAGCACGUCAUUAUUCCCCGAACCGAAAACACGAUCGCCUACAUUAACUCCGAGCUGGAUGAGCUCGACCGUGAGGAGUUUUUCCGCCUCAAAAAGAUUCAAAAUAACAAGCAGCGCGAUGCUGCCGAUGCACUGGCUGAGGAAACAGCAGCAGCUGAGGCCGCCAAGGCCUCUGGAAAGCCAAGGGAGCCUAUUAAUCCAGUUACCGAAGAGGCAAGCUCUGAAGCUGCCCCGGCAGCCACAGUUCUUGAAGACGAAGAUGAUGACGUCGUGUUUUAA